AUGGACCCCAUCCAGUCUUCCAUCCAUUAUUUUGGUUCUGACUCGGAAAGUCUUUCAGAGUUUGAGUCCCACUGCAGCACUCCGCCUGCAGACGUGAGUGCGACUAGUACGCCGUUGACAGAGCAAGUCGAUUAUUUCUCAGGCGCUCGCGACGACGACUUCAUUCUAGUGGUAGGCGGUCUGGGGUACAUUGGGAGCCACACCAGCUGGGAGCUUUUGAAGUCUGGCAAGAAUAUCGUCAUCAUCGACAAUCUAUCAAACUCCAACCAAGACACCCUCAACGCACUGAAAUCGCUCAGGGACAACUACUUCCGAGACACUGAAUGUUCACCAUCACUCGACUUCUACAAAGUCGACUAUCGUAAUCGAGACCAAGUCCGGUCCAUCCUCACCAUCUAUGAAGAUUUCCUGCCGUCCUUCGCUCUCACGCCAUCUCCGCUUCGCUCGCGAAUUGUCGGCGUCAUCCAUUUCGCGGCCUAUAAGGCUGUUGAAGAAUCUUUCCAGAAGCCCCUGGCAUAUUAUGCGAACAAUGUAGGAGGACUGAUCGAUUUCUGCCAACUUCUGGCUGAAUUCAAGAUCAAGAAGUUGGUUUUCUCGUCAUCCGCCACCGUCUACGGCGAGCUUGCCAACAAAGGUGGUCGUCUGCUCGAGGAGCAAUGCAAUAGCAGUGGAUGCAUCGGCCUCACUAAUCCAUACGGAAGGACCAAAUGGAUGUGUGAAGCUAUUCUCAGCGAUUUGGCUCAUUCUGACCCGUCGUGGAUCAUUGUUGCGUUACGCUACUUCAACCCCAUCGGCUGCGAUGAGUCAGGCAUGCUUGGUGAAGAUCCUCGUGCUCCAGCGAGCAAUCUUAUGCCCAAGGUGGUUGCCGCCAUGACUGGCAGCAUCCCGGUUCUCAAUGUCUUUGGCACCGAUUGGGAUACUCCAGAUGGAACCGCCAUUCGCGAUUUCAUUCAUGUCAGUGACUUAGCUCAAGGCCAUCUAGCAGCUAUGCGCGCCAUGGAUAACCGCAACUACGCAGCCGGGUAUCACGUCUACAAUCUGGGUACAGGCACUGGGCAUUCUGUCAGGGACAUAAUCACGACUAUGCAACUGGUGUCAGGGCUGCCGAUUCCAAUAAAGGAGACGGCUCGACGCCCAGGUGAUGUGGGAAUCUGUAUAGCCGAGCCUUCCAAGUCGGCUCGUGCGCUGGGAUGGCAAACCCGUCGGUCGUUGCACGAUGCCUGCAGGGAUAUCUGCAGGCACUUCAAGUCUAUGCAGCUGUCAUAA